AGGACGGCUGGGGACGGGUGCUCAACUGGGACACUCUGGGAUAUUGCCCCAGUGCCACCAGCUCCCCACAGAUCCUCAGAUUCACCGCCUGCCCCACGGUCACGAAGCCAUGCUGAUCCUGAGGUGCCCAGCCCAGCUGCAGCUCCUGGAGGAGACCCUGCGGAAGAGCCUGCCCACCACCCUGCCGGUCCUGGGGACUGUGAUGACGGUGGCCAGGGGGAACCCAGCCUCCCACGAGGUGCUGGUGGACUCCUGGCCCCAUUUCGGCAUUGUCCUGACCCGCCUGCGCCCAGAGGAACACAGGGACCCCAGGGACUACUACACCAACCAGCUGUCUGUGUUCUACCGGGACAAGGGAGCCCUGCAGGCACUGCUGGAGGGCACUGAGGCAGUGACCCGGGAAAGAGCCUUCCAGAUUCUCGGGAUGCAGGAUGAGCUGGACGAGGCCGUGCAGGAGGUGGCCAGUGCCAGGGGGCUGAAGGUGGAGACGAUCCGGUACAGGGCAAUGAUGAGCCCGAAGCCCCCCCAGCCCCGCAGGCAGAUGCCCCCAGGCCUGCGCCUGUCACCCGUGUCCCCAUCCCACGUCCCGCUGCUCAACGCCACGUGGGCCCUGGGGGGCAAUGCCCGCAGCCGGGCAAAAGCGACCUGA